AUGGAAUCACAAAACAAUGCGUCCAGUCUAAUGGUCAUUACUGUGUCCACCGCCAUUCAGCAUAUAGACGACCAACUAGCCCAGGUGUUUUUCUUUAUCAACUAUGUCAGCCUAGGUCAAGCCAUCAAUGUCUUUGGAAUUCUGUCCAAUUUACUGAGCAUUCUUGUCUUUGGGAAACUUGGAUUCAAAGAGACUUCCAACAUCAGUUUGCUGGGGCUGACCAUCUCGGACUUGUGCUCUCUGGUCACUUUGUUUCUGUUUAAUCUCUGCCAGACUCCCGAGUUCUACAGUUUAGAGCUUCCAUUCGAGCCAUACGAUGUGGCGUUCCUUACUGUCGGCUGGGCUCACGUGGGUUUCGCGAGAGUGACCUGCUGCCUCACGGCUUUCAUCAUUCUGGAGAGGUGCCUCUGCAUCGUCUUGCCUCUCAAGGUCAAGGCCAUUCUGCAGCCUCGAAGAACGGCUCUGACGGUGAUUGUUAUAUUUCCCAUUUCGUAUGCCAGUAUUUUCCCCAUCUACUGCACUGCCAGUUUGGUCUACAGUUUCUCACAGUUCCGAAACAAAACUUUGCUGGUUAUGGCGUACAACGAUCUACGUCUGGAGAUGGAGUCUGUCUCAUCAGUAGUCAACAACAUCAUUCCAGUCUCCAGCUUCAUCCUCAUCGUCGUCUGCACAGCUAUCACCGUCUACCAACUGAACAAAAUGUCAAAAUGGCGCGCAUCAACUUCAAACAUCUCUGACAGAGGGGACCGGAAGUUGGAAAAAAUGGUGGUGCUUAUUUCGGCCAUAUUUAUCGUCUGCUACCUGCCGUGUGAAAUUCUAUUCGUCUGGAUGCUGAUUGACCCUGAGCUGAGGUUUGACGGACAGCAAAGUAAUCUGUUUAAAGUUUGUGUUUCUAUCUUGUACUUCGCAGAGACUUUGAAUGCUUCUACUAAUGUAUUUGUGUACUACUGUAUGAGCAGUAACUACCACAAAACGGUCAACAAUUUAUUUUGCGGUGCUAAGAAGGUUUAA